UGUUGGACUUUCAUUCUUUGUGGUAAAAUGGAUAACUUGUGGCUUAACCAGUUUGCCAUCCUUCUCUGGAAAAAUUUCAUAUUAAAGAAACGGAAGAUGGGUUCUUUAAUUGUGGAAAUUACCAUGACAAUGCUGUUCUGUGCAAUGAUUUUGGCUCUACGCAAAGCAACCAAAAGGGAAUUUAAACAACGUACUUUAUUUCCGCCUCUUCCCUUGGAUGAACUUCCCUCUUACCUCACUGAUAAGAAAAAUGAAUAUGAAUUGGUUUACGUGCCUUCUGGAAGUGAUGUGGCAAAAAGUAUUACUGAGAAAGUGAAAGACUAUUUAAAUGCCAACCUUAAAGUUCGAGGCUUUCCUUCAGAAGAAGAUUUUGAAAAGUAUAUUAAAUAUGAAAAUCAAUCUGUUCUUGUGCUGGCUGCUAUCAUAUUUGAUCAUGACUUCAAAAACAGUAAUGACAGAUUGCCACUUAAGGUAAAAUAUCGUCUGCGUUUCCGUUCUAAAAAAAAGGCUCCAUGGUUUACAGAACUUCUCUUUCCAGUAAAUCCCUCUUUAGGACCCAGGAACCCAAACUCCCCACAAGGGGGAAAUCCUGCCUACUACAAAGACGGAUUCCUGCUUGUGCAGCAUGCCUUGGAUAAAGCCAUCAUUGUGCACCAUAAUGGCAGAGCUGCGGAAAUGCUAUUUGAAAAUGUCACCAUUUUUGUUGCCAGAUUUCCAUACCCUGCUUAUUAUAAUGAUGAUUUUUUUCUCUUUUUUUUAUCUCUCUUCCCUUUACAAGUUUUACUUAUAUUUUCUCUAACUGAACUUACUCUUAUCAGAACCAUUGUUAUGGAAAAGGAAACCAGAUUGAAGGAGUACCAGUUCAUGAUAGGGCUCAGUAAUGGUAUGCUCUGGGCAUCUUAUUUUGUCACGUUCCUUCUGAUGUUUUCAAUUAUCGUCUGUAUACUGUGCGUGGUUUUAUGUGCCAAGAUUGUACCUAUAGUUGUCCUCAAAAACAGCGACCCAUCCCUCAUCUUUGUCUUUCUCCUGUGUUUUGUCACGGCCACCAUAACCUUCGGCUUUCUGAUUAGCACAUUCUUCAAUAAAACUGCACUGGCUGUUUCUAUUGGAGGUUUCCUCUUUUAUCUUACCUUCUUUCCAUUUAUAAUAGUCAUCGCCAUGUAUGGAAUGUUGAGCCACACGGGGAAGCUGGCUUCCUGUCUCAUUUCAAAUAUUGCAGUAGCUUUGGGGAUUACUACUAUAAGCAAGAUGGAAAUGAAGGAGGACGGUGCUAAGUGGAAUAACUUCUUGUCACAAGUGAGUCCAGAUGAUGAACUCACUCUUGCUCAAAUUAUGGGAAUGCUUUUAUUUGAUGCCUUCUUAUAUGGCCUUCUGACCUGGUAUAUAGAUGCUGUCUUUCCAGGAAAGUAUGGUGUGCCCAAGCCAUGGUAUUUCUUUAUGCAAAAAGGCUACUGGCUUGGAAGGCCUACAAGCAUUAGGAAAAAGGAAGAUAUGCAAGUUGUUAGUACAGUUCAAAAUGCUUAUUUUGAAGAAGAACCUGUUGGUUUGACGGCUGGUAUCAGGAUUCAACAUUUGUACAAGGAAUUCACAUUGCAAAAUAUGACAGUACUAGCAGUUCAAGACUUGUCUUUGAAUUUAUAUGAGGGGCAAAUCACUGUUCUUCUUGGUCAUAAUGGAGCAGGGAAGACUACUACCUUAUCUAUCCUCACAGGUCUCUAUCGUCCUACCAGUGGAAAAGUGUAUAUUAGUGGAUAUGAUAUCUCAAAAGAUAUAGUUCAAGCCAGGAGAAACUUGGGCUUGUGCCCCCAGGAAGACAUAUUGUUCCGUCACUUGACAGUCUCAGAACAUCUCUAUUUCUACUGUGUGAUAAAAGGAGUACCUCCAGAAAUACGUUCCAAAGAAAUUAACAAAAUGCUGAUAUCUUUUGACCUGAUAGAAAAGCGUGAUGCCCUUUCAAAGUCACUGAGUGGAGGAAUGAAGCGUAAACUCUCCAUUAUUAUAGCACUUAUAGGAGGCUCCAAGGUGGUGAUACUUGAUGAGCCAACAUCUGGCAUGGACCCAGUCUCAAGGAGAUUCACCUGGGAUGUCCUUCAGAAGCAUAAAGAGAAUCGUACCAUCUUAUUGACAACCCACCACAUGGAUGAAGCUGAUAUUCUGGGUGACCGAAUAGCUAUCAUGACAAAGGGUACUCUGCAGUGCUGUGGCUCUACAAUUUUCCUGAAAAAAGUUUAUGGUGUGGGAUACCACUUAAUUAUGGUAAAGGAUCGUCAUUGUGAUGUUAAAGAAAUCUCCAAAAUGAUUAAAUAUCACGUACCAGAAGCCAGAUUGGAGAGCAAUGUUGCAGCUGAAUUAUCAUUUAUCCUACCCAAGGAGUACGCAAACAGAAAACAGAGCAGAGCUACACACGCAGAGAGAAAGAAUAUGGGCAUCCCCUCGAAUGAGGAGGAGCACAGUACCCAGAAACUAGGCGGAGAUACACAUCCAGAGAGGAGUGCAGGGAUGAGGAGUGCAGGGGUCCUGAGUGUGCAGGAGCGCAGUAAGGAGGUGAAAUCGGUCACUUAUAUGGGAUAG